AUGCCGACUGUGCGACCGUCCGCGGACAUUGAUAGCAUCGAGGAUUCCGAUUCGGACGAGCUUAGCUCUUCGUUGACGAGCAUAGUGACGCUCGACGACAUCCUCCACUAUCUCGAAAAACGUUGGCUCCGAGGCGACUUUGGACUCUACCAGCGCAUGGUGUCGGUUAUGCUGAUGCCCUUCGGCUUCUUCAACGUCUUCGUCUACUUCGGUCAAAUGUUCAUGACUCUGGUGCCAGAGGAGCACUGGUGCAGGCUGCCGGAGGUCGAUGGCAUGUCUCGGGAGGAGGUCAGGCGCCGGGGAAUACCUCCCAGCGAAGACGUACCCUACGAAGGUCACGAGCUACCGUUCUCUAGGUGCUGGAUGUACGACGUACCGUUGGCGACUCUACUCUCGGUUCAAAGCCCUGACCCCAAGUGGCCGAUGCAGCGCUGUCACAGUUGGGAGUUCAAGUUCACGUCGAGCGAUGUUCCCUACACAACGAUCGCUUCGGAGCUGGAAUGGGUCUGCGACAAGCAGUACCUGGUAAACCUGGCCCAGAGCAUAUUCUUCGUGGGUUCGAUAUUCGGCGGGAUUCUAUUCGGAUGGAUGGCGGACAAGUACGGAAGGAUCCCGGUGUUGGUAGUGGCAAACAUGUUCGGUUUUUUCGCCGGGAUGGCGACGGUAUUUGCACGACGUUUCUGGCAUUUCGGAGUGUGCAGGUUCCUCGUCGGUUUCGCAUCCGACAACAACUUCACGAUGAUGUAUAUCCUGGUGCUCGAGUACGUCGGUCCGAAGUGGAGAACCUGGGUGGCGAACUUGUCGAUCGCAAUAUGCUUUCCCUUGGCUUGCUGCACGCUCCCGUGGCUGGCACUGCGUCUCUCGAACUGGAAGAGCAUCGCUAUCGUAACGUCAGCGCCGCUGGCAUUCGCGGUAGUGACGCCGAUCGUGGUUCCCGAAAGCGUCAGGUGGCUGGCUUGUCAGGGAAGAAUCAGCGAGGCGAUCAAGAUAAUGCGCAGGAUCCAAAGUGUGAACAAAACCUCGGUGCCUGACAGCCUGUACGCCGAUUUCAAGGAGGAUUCGGAAAACAUCGUGCGAUUCAUUCGCAACGAAGAGUCGAGGGUCUUGGACCUUCUGCGAACGCCGAGACUACGGCGAAUCACAAUACUGCUGAUAGCCAUUUGGGGCAUAAUCGCUAUGGUCUUCGACGGCCAUAUAAGGAACCUCGGCACCAUGGGGCUCGACAUAUUCUUCACGUUCACCAUAUCCUCAGCGACGACCUUUCCUGCUGACAUAUUCGUCGCCUUCACCCUCGACUACUACGGCCGGAGGUGGUUGUCCUUUGCGUCGAUGUUCCUCUCGGGCUUGGCCUGCUUCUUUGCAUCUAUGACCAGCGGUGUGUACUUCGCCGCCUUCGGACUGGUCGGCAGGUUCCUGAUCAACAUAUCGUACACCAUUGGGCUGCAGUACGCCGCCGAACUUCUACCGACGGUGGUGCGAGCGAAGGGAGUCGCCGUCAUUCACAUAUUCGGGUACGCGACAGCCAUCCUCUCCCCCUUCAUCGCUUACACGAGGAUAUUCGCUUGUCAAGUGCCGGUCGUAGUUCUUGGGAUUCUAUCGACCAUCGGCGGGAUUCUCUGCCUCUUUCUUCCAGAAACGUUGGACCAAGAACUGUCCCAAACGUUGCAGGAGGGCGAAGAGUUCGGCAAGGACCAGAGGUUCUUCGACAUGCCGUGCCUCGCGCCCAAGCAGCUUGAACCCAAGCCGAACAAGCAUCACCUUCACGCCCAGCGGCCGGCGAUCCGAGGCGAGAUCCUGAGGAGCAGCAUCAUCUCAGGCGCCGCUGGGAGCAAGUAUCGUCUUUCGGUCUGGUCGCGGCAGGUCAACUCCGAGGGAAUGAGCCUGUCCUCGAGGAGCAACCGAGUCACCUUCAACGACAGUAGUAGACCAGCCUCGCCAGGAUCCAGCAAGACCAACACGAUUUGCAUUCCCGAAGCUAACGCGCGAUCAUGGGAGCGAGCUUGUAGCUCCGACUGGUCUCGCCUUGUCGUGAUGUGGAAUUCCAUUUUCACAAAUAAUCCCGAAACCCCCGAUACAUAUACCAACAGUCGUAAAAAAGCACAAGCCGGUAUAUCUGGCAUUGGCAUUUUGCCGAAGAAAGUUCAAGCAAAAGAGAAAAAGGAGACUGACAGAGAGAGAGAGAGUGACAGAGAGAGAGAGAGAGAGAGAGAGGGAGAUACACGGAUAGAGAAAGUUAAAUUAACCGCUGAAGAAGAUAUCAGUAAAAACGACCACGACAUGAAUGGUCAAGAACAUCUGCCGUACAGUAAAUUAUUGUACGAAUAG